CGCGGCCGCCGCCUGCCGCCGCCGAGCUUCCCCGCCGCCGCGGGCGUGCCGCUGCCGCCGGUAAGCGCCUCCGUGCUCGGCCGCGCUCUGCCCCGCGCCUUCGGGGCGGAGGGAGGGGAUGCGCGGGGAGGGAGGAGCGGGACUUCGCUCCGCGGGGAGGCUGCGAUAACGGGUGUGCGCCUGCGGCCGCCGGUAGUUGGCGGGGGUCGGGCCGUUCCCGCUGCUGGGGCUCGGCCGGCGGCGUUCGUGAGAGGGGACGUGUGAGAGCCGGCGCGGCGCUGCGUCCGGCCGCGCUCUGAAGUGGGGCGGUGUGACCGGAGUACCCGUAGCGGGCGUUUUUGUACCUCUUCGGACGCGCGCAUUGAUCCGUUCUUACGAGCUCCUUGUAGAUCUCUUUAGGAGUGUUUUCCAGUUCCUUCUGAGCAGGAAGGAAAACAAAACCCAACGUGUCGCCCUUUCUGCCCCUGUCCCCACGCUCUGUGAAAACCGUAACGCUUAAGCCCCCCGAAUAGGGCUGGGAGUGCCGCUGUGAGGAGACGGGCGGUCGUUUCGGUCGCUGUGCCCGACGCGCUUUCUGUGCCUGCUUCUCUGCGGUGUCCCGCAUCUGUGCCCAUCCAGCUGUCAGCGUAGGUAGCGCACAGCCAGUCUUCCUUUACGCGCUCUGUUACGCUGUGCUGGGAUUUACUGUAGCCCUAUGCUACGUGCUGUUACUUCAGAACCCGGCUGAAGUCUGGGAUUUUAAAGUUGCUGCCAAAGCAGCAGUGCCCGCCCACUGCAGCCCUCUUUCUGGAAUUAUUGUUUUUGUUCUUAACCUUCUCUGUGAUUCAAUUGAGAUGUUGUUUGUCUCCCGUCCCUGCGCUGCUCUUGGGACGUAACCUGGUUGGAAGGAGCGGCCGUCCCAAAAGGAGAGCCGUGUGUUGCCCUGGCUUUGAUUCCAGGUGCCUUACUCGGGUUUCUCAUGCUUCUGAUGUACUGCUUUGCUGACGUGUAUGCACACCGUAUAUAUUUGAUGCAAAAAUGGCUUCAGGGUCCCUGAGCUGCUCGAAGUACUCCUUCCAAAGAUGAUUUUGUGUAUGUUGAGCAGUUUUCCUGACUGCUGGUUCAGUGCAGUGUAGACGGAGGAAGCAGUAGCGCCUGCCUCAGCAGCUUAUAGACAUGUCGGCCAUCUGUGGAGAUUUUUAUUUCCAAAUGUCUUCUGGAUGUUUAGCUUGGGUAGAAAUGUGAAGUUACUCUUCUUAUGGCAUGUUUCUACCGUGCCUCUGCUCCUCGUUACCAUUCAGUUGUUACCUUCCCAUGUUCAUAGAACCUUAUGGUGCUGCGUUGUCUCUUUUGGGAACCGGUGGCAGGAAGACAGUAAAGCCAGAAUGCUUUCAGUGUUGGCACGUCUUUUGUCCUUCAAGAGCAGGAAGAAUAGGAAUGACCCCUCUCUUGGCCUAUAUAUAUAUAUAUAUAUACACACACACACACACAUGUAUGUAUUUUGUGGAGGAAAUGGGUCCUACAGAUCAAUUCUUUUCUAUUUCUUAAGUCUGUGAGCACAUCGGAUAAUGUUUAUUUUUCUUUCUUUGAUUUUCGCACUGGGGUUAACAUACGAGGAAACAGAAAGCAUACGGCAAUAAAUAUUUACUCUUGUGGGAGUCAGGCUUAGCUCUUGGGAAGUGAGUGGGAGUACUCAGUCUACUUCAAAGGGACUUGGAGCGAGCUCUUCAUGCUGUGCUGGAAGAACUGAAGUUUUCUUGAGUUCUCCAGUUCUGCAAGCACUUACACUGGGAAUUUAGUGCUGCUGAUUUUCAUGAAUCUGUUGUGCAAGCGGAUAACUCAGUCGAGGAAGUGCAAUGGUCUGCGUUCAUCUUUCAGAAAUGCAAAGUGCAUAUUUUCUUUUUGCUUGAGAUGGCUUCUGGAGAGGCUGUCCUCACAGAUGCAAAGCUCAUCCCCUCUGGAGCUUGGGCUUCUGUUAGGUAUCUCAGUAAGAGCAUUUGAAGCCUGCUGAUAAAGUCUGUGUUGCUAUGAAGAAGCGCUUUUGUCUGUAUGGGAAAGCUCUGACCACAAGCUUUGGUUUCUUCCCUCUUUUCUUUUAUAAUUCCUAGAAAGAGAAGGAGAGAUGUGUAGACAAAUGAUAAUAUCUUGCAGGAAUCAGUAGUAAAUAGUUCCCAUUCAUAUUUAAAUAGUGGGCAUUGAAUGACGCUGAAAUCCUAUGUGACAUCAUUAUCAGAUGUUUUUUAGCCCUUUCCAGGAGCAGGUUUAGGACCAGAUUAUUUGUGGCAGAAGAUGACAGCAACGUGCAAGGCAGCAAAAAGGCACCAGUUGAACUCCAGUUAAAAGGUGUAAAUCCCGGAGGGCUUUUUGCUACGGUGUGAGCAACCUUGUUAACACCAAUGAUAGCCUUGGGAAGGACUUGGUAGGUGUGUCACCUCAUAAAAUUCUGACUUGUUCCCGGUGCCACUGCUAACUUGCAUAGUGGUAGGGGGGAUGGCUUUGACUCAUGUGAGGGAUGGUGUUAACCAGGGCAGUGGGAAGGAGAACACCUUUUUUUCCCCACAUUUCCAGUGCGAGUUGUACUUUUGACAAAACAAAACUGGCAGGACGGAGUUUUCUUUGCAGUGUGGUAUUUUGACUCUGAUUCAAAGCAAAAACUCUGAAUAAGGCGGUUGGUUUAUCUGCAUUUAAGUGAUGCAAAACCUGAGGGAUUUGUUUAUGAAAUUCAGGUGCUGUGUUAUAAAUGCAGAUGAAACGAAUGAUGCUCUGUAUUAAGAACAACCUACCUGGUCUGCCUCGCAGCAGUACCAAAGCAAUAAUUGUGAGCUUGUUUUUUCUUCAGCUAAAAGGACACGCUGAUUUUACUGUCCUGCUUUUCAGUUUCCUGUGAUUUCCAUGGCUCCCAAUGUUUUUUAAAACAUUAGCUCCUGACUGUUCAAUUGCUUGUUUGCUUCUGUUUAGCAGCUCUCCAUUCCUAGAAAUAUUUAUCUCCUAAUUUAGGGAAACUUUUGUGAUGGUGUCAUACGUUCCUGAAGUGCUGGUCUUGAACAUGAGGUUUUACUGGGAUUUGUCAUUAAAGUGAAGGUAAAGCUUUUCUCCUUGGGUCGGGUAGUGACUGAAACCUCUGCGUUCUGGAAGAUAGCACUCAUAUAUAUCUGCCAUGAAUUCACAGACAUCUAACAAUAUAUUUAAUUAUAUUUUGGAAGAUAGCACUCUUUUAUAUCAUAGAGGGAUAAAUAAUGAGAUUAUUGGAAGUUAUUUGUGUGUAAUCUGUGCUUUUCAAGGCAGAUAAGGGAGGCAAAGGACAUGCAGUUUCAGCCUGUUUUGCUGUUGGACGCUUGCCAUCAGACAGGGCUUGUGAAGGUGAGCUAGCAGGAGCCCCAGAAGCUGGAGGAAGCAGAAGAUUUGCCAUCUGUGGGCCUCAAUUUCAGGCUUCUUGCAGGGCAGCUCUUGAGGUAAUGAGGAGUUUUGAGCAGCUGUGAGGGAGAGGUAAAACUGCCUCCUUCCUUCCUGUCUUCUUCUUUACACCUUAGUAAGUCUUCAAAUGUGCUUAUGGUUUGUUGUUAUUUAUUUACUUUAACAUCUGCCUUAAACCAAGUGUGUUCUCCAGUCUGUCUCAUUUUCUGCCCCAUUAGGGAAUACCGUGAAAACUCUGCUGCUUGCAGGGUUUUUGCUGGUGUUUCUGCUAGUCCUUGCAGCCUCUGCUCACUACUGUUCUGUUACGCUGGUUUUAGUUCCUCUUGGGCUUACAGCCAAAUGCUCUGGUCAGUGAUAGUGCUUCUAGUUUAUGAAUCCUUUCUGCACUGAAAGGAGAGUAUACGUUUCACUUCCAUUUAUUUUCAACAAAACAGAGGGUACGAUACUUUCGUUCUUAGUGAUAUCUCUUACAGAGGCAGGCUAGCAGUUUGUUUUCGAUGAUGCAGGUAAAUUUACUACUAUGCAAGUCCUGAAAUUAAAGUAAUGAAAAGAUAGCGUAGCGUUGCCUGUCAAUUUCAGGAAUAUUUUCAAAUUUUGAGUAUAUGUUGCGUAAGCCUCAAGUAUUCGCCUGUGCUUCUGUGUACCGUUGCACUUUGGGGCCUGUAGCUUGAAUGCUUUUGCUCCAGAAAUGCCCCUUAUCCAUAGGAAUUUGUAAGCUAGUUGAGAAUGGAAGUCCUGCCAGGAUGACAAUUACCUGUGCAUGUAAAUAUGAAGCAAAAAUUUUACUCUUACAGAAGACUGAUCUCAGGAAACGGAAUGCUUUUCAGACUCUGAUUUAUUUGUCCCAUAAUGCCUUAGCAGUCUGUAACCUUAGUUUUCCACAUUUGUAUUCAUUUGUGCGUAUUUCGAGGUGGCUUGUCAUGGUGUAAUAUUUUUUCUGUUCUUCCAUUGAAUCCAGCAUUAUCUUCAUGUCUGCACUAUGUCAUGUUUAGCAUUUACUUAUCUCAAUGUUGUGUUAGAUUGACAUUUCAUAUUUUGCUGCAAAUCUGGCAGGUUGUACCUCUGUGAGGGCUGCUUCUUACUUGAAAAGUACUUUGAGCAAUGGAAAACAACACUGGAAGAGAGCUGGGUAGUUUCUCCUGCUACGUGGGUUGUGCUGAGUGGGUCAGUAAGAGCAGCAGUGGGCUGAGUGCCCAAGUCUCUGGCAAAGGAGUCCCAGAGGUGGAACCAGAAACUCCGUAGUAAGGUCAGAAGUGCAAGUAUCUUGCAUGCAAGGUAUGCUUUGGGAUUGAAAAUGCCAUACACCUGUAACAAGUGCUGCAAAAAUGAAAUCUGAUUGACUUCCUGCUUUUGCCAGGUCUUAAUUUCUUCUGUUCUGCGGAGGAGAGCAGCAAAAGUUCCAUAAGGAAAAGGCAAUUAUGUAGAGUAUGACAUCCUUUCCCAGGCCACUGCCUUGUUACAUGAUGAAAAAUGAUUAGUUGAGCAGCUGUCAGAGAAAGAAGUUCAUGUUGUAUCUGCGGAGAGUUUGGGUAGUCAUUCUGUCCCAUGAUUACUUUUUUCCCCAGUUGAGCUUGCACCAUAGAAGAGAACAAGUAACAUUAAUAAAAUGAAUGGGUCAGUUUCUUCUGCAUGUGUUCUGAUUCCAUUAAAAAGAGGCAGAACACACCUCUUUUGCGGGGUGAAAAACCAUGGAAGGGAGGGAUAGGAGUAGGCACACGGGGCUGUCAGGCAGGGGCUGCCAUGGAGGCAGCAGUCUGCAGGUUUUUCUGGCUCCCUGGAGUGGUUUCCAUAGCACAUGGCUCUUCUGGCCUCAAAGUCAAGGCUGUGGGUUCUCACCAUCUUAAUAAAGGACAGACUGUGACGUUGCUCUGUAGACUGGGACUGUAUAUGUUUCCUGAGAAUUCACGGAAGCCUUCUAUGAUAAUAGAUCAAGCUAGCCUGGAUAUCUGGCUGAUUGCCAGCCUUGAGUUGGUUUUUGCUGUUUUUUUUUUUCCUGGGCUUUUCAGACUGUUGUUGUCUGCAUCUGAAACCAUUCUCAAAAGUGUUGAACAAUGAAUGUUGUUCAGAAGUCUCUGGGAAAUGUACGUGUCCUUUCUUUUCUCAUCCAGGCUGUAAACAAAAACAAGUUCGAGGAAAGCGUAAGCAGUUCCAGGAAGCAGCCGUCUCCAUUUGUUAGCAACCUCAUUCUUUGCACGUUCCUCCCAAAAGUGCUUCCCACAACUUGUAAGUCAUUUUGUCAAAUCUUACUUAAGUUUCAGCCUGGUUUCUCUCAUUCCUCUUUGGCAGUAAAUUCUGUUGGAGUGGAGCCCACCGUGGGGCUGCAUCUCUGCGAGUCAGGACCGAUGGGAACAUUCUGGGUAUGAGAGCAUUUAAGUGAGAGUUUUGAGCUAAGCUAAGCCAUUUACAGGCAUCUUUGUCUCAGGGCGAUGCCAACAGUUUCAUGAAACAUAGCAUGGUUUUCCUGUAGAUGAGCCACAUGAGGGGAAAAUGUGAAAACACUCAAAUAAAUGGUUUUCUAGCCGAAUCUGUUCUCUUUGAGGUGAGACAUCUGCAUACAUCCAUCUAACUUGAGAUGGGUGGGAAGAUCUGCCAGAUCAGCUGGAUUUUGCAUUCUCUCAGUUGAUAAUGCUGAGUUUGGAGUGUGAAUUUUUGGAAGACCUUCUGUUAUUGCAGGUGCUGUGAGUCUGUGUUAGCAGGUUGUCACUGUUGUUUUGAAGGUGGCUGUUGCCAUAUGUCGUCCAGCUUGGAGGUGCCUGUUUAUUCAGUUGAUUCAUCAUUAUUGUCACAGAAACAGAUUUUUUUUUAAUAGAAAGCAAGGCAAUAGAUUUUGCUAAAUGCAAGUUCAUAAGACUGAAAGGAAAAAAGGAGUUUUAUCAGCUGUUUCAUUGCUCAGUUUAAGAUCUGGUCCAUUUUUCAGCCACUAAAUGAAGUACCCAGGUCUCUGAAGGAUCAUCAAGAACAGUUCAGCUUGGAAGGCGUCUCAGGAAGUCAUCUACUCUAACCUCCUGCCCGGAGUGCUCACGGCUCGGUCAGGUCACUCAGUACCUUCUCCCUUUCAGUUUUGAGUGUCUCCAGGGAUGGAGGUUUGGCAGUCUCUCUGGCCUGCUGUUCUGCUAUUUGACCAGCCUCAUUAUUAAAGUAAUUUUGCUUUAUGUCUGAUCAGAAUUCCCUGUGUUUCAGCCUCUGUCCUGUGCCCCUCAUGCUAUACUGCUGCAAGAAAUAAUGGCUCCUUCUUUUUAUCCUCUCAUCAGGUAGCUGAAGGUGACAGUUACCUCUCCCCUAAGUGUGAGCAAACCCAGCCACUGUCACUCCAAUGCAUUUAAAUGUUUGUAUUUAUUCAUAUGUUAGAUUCUCACCCGUCCUUGAAAAAUUAGCUUUUAAACAAAGUGGAAGGUAGGUUUCUUGCUUGGUCUGUACCUUUCUCUCAGUCUGUUUGUCAUUGUAUGCAAUGCCUGUUUUGGUAUGGAAGAUUUCUCAGAAAAUCCAACAUGACAUGCUUCUCCCUUUUUCCUGCAGUAAUUACACUUGUGCAGGUGCAAAAUCACCAUUGCUAAUGUUGAUGAUCACUUCUCCCCAUUUAAAGUUCUCUUUGAUCACUUGUCCUGAACUUUCUAAUUGUAAACAUUGCUGUUACCAGCUUCUCAUUACAAAAAGAAAUAAAUCAGUACAUUUUAGAAGUCAGAUGUUAUCAGCCUUAGAAAACCCUCUCAAUGAAAUAUAUUCUUGCAAACUAAAAUGUGAGGUUCCAUCUCAGUGAUGUGCUGUUUCUCGGAUGCUAAGGUGAUAGUCCUGGUUUGUUCUUAACAUGAAUGUUUGUAAUGGAAAUGCUAAGUCAGGGCUUGAACCCACGAUUGAGCACCUGGUGAGAAGGCAGGGCCAAUCCUGGGAAGCUCAGGUGCAGUGUACCUGAUCAGGUGCAUGCAAUGUACCUGAGUUACCGGAAGGGGUGAGGCCAGGAUCCACCCCUUUCCAGACAUCAUUUAUGGGUCCUCAUUAGAGGCAAGGGUAUCUGUCUGGAGAUCCCUGUGUACGUGAGGCCUUCUGAAGAGUAAUUGGACUGGGAGCUCCCAUGAUUCAGUUCAGUCAAGGAGAGUGGUCAUUUCUCACAACAUGGAUAAGGCACUGAAAGAAGUGUUUGACUACAUCUACAGAGAUUACAUCCUGUCCUGGUACGGGCAACUCAGCAGAGAUGAAGGGCAGCUGUACCAGCUGCUGUCAGAAGACUUCUGGGAGAUUGCCAAGCAGCUGCGACUGAGGCUGAGUCACAUUGAUGUAGUUAAAGUCGUCUGCAGUGAUGUAGUGAAAGCUUUACUCACGCACUUCUGUGACCUUAAAGGUGCCAAUGCCAGGCAGGAAGAUCCACCGAGACCUUUUUUGCUGCACCCGUGCUUGAGGAGCUCUGAUGAAGAAGUAAGGUUCCUGCAAAAAUGUUCUCAAAUUCUGGUGUGUUGUCUCCUACCCUCAAAGGAUGUCCAGUCUGUCAGCUUGCGCAUUGUCCUUGCAGAAAUACUUGCAACAAAAGUACUGAAACCAGUGGUGGAACUGCUGGGUGAUCCAGAUUAUAUCAACCAAAUGCUACUCAGCCAGCUGGAGUACAGAGAACAGAUGAACGAGCAUCAGAAGAAAGACUACACAUAUGCUCCUUCAUAUGAGGAGUUCAUCAAGCUGAUUAACAGCAACACUGAUGUUGAAUUUCUGAAACAGCUGAGGUAUCAGAUUGUAGUGGAAAUAGUUCAGGCAACCACAAUCAGCAAUUUUCCCCAAGUGAAGAGGCAGAAAGAUUCAAAAGGGAAAGAAACUGCUGCAAUGAAAGCUGACCUGCUGAGAGCUCGCAACAUGAAGAGGUAUAUUAAUCAGUUGACGGUGGCAAAGAAGCAAUGUGAGAAGAGAAUAAGGUUCCUGGGAGGGCCUGCUUAUGAUCAACAGGAAGAUGGCUUUUCUGAUGAAGGUGAUGGCUCUCAAAGUCAGAAGAUUCUUCAGUUUGAAGAAAUUUUGGCCAACCCUUCAUACCGAGAGCAUUUUCGAAUCUAUAUGGACAGAAUGGAUAAGGUGGCUUUGAUUGAUCUGUGGGAGUCUGUGGAGAACCUGAGGAGUGCUAACAAGGCUGAAAUACCUCAGCUGGUGAGUGACAUUUACCAGAAUUUUUUUGUGGAAAGCAGAGAAAUACCUGUGGAAAAAUCACUUUAUAAAGAAAUAGAGCAAAGUCUUGUGGGUAAUAAAGGCAUUGAAGUAUUCUACAGAAUUCAGGCAGAUGUUUACGAAACUCUGAAGGACAGAUACUACCCCUCAUUUAUCGUCAGUGAUUUAUAUGAGAGAUCAGUCAAGAAGGAAGAGGAAAGAAGUUCUGUCCAAGUGACUCCUGAGGACAAAGACGAAGCUAGCCAAGGUUGUGGAGAAGCUACUGAAGAAUGCAGCACAAGGAUUAAUGAGCAGGCCAGUUAUGCUGUAAAUAAGCUUCGCCAACUAAAUGACAAGCUUAAAUAUAAGAAACAGGCUCUAAAUUCCAUAUGUAAUUCACCAAAACCCAACAAAAAGAUUGUUUCUAAGCUGAAGGAUGAGAUCACUCUGAUGGAGAGAGAGCAUAACGACCUUCAGUUGCACAUUGCGAGAACAGACUGGUGGUGUGAGAAUCUUGGCAUGUGGAAAGCCUUCAUCAUCUCAGGCGAGGUUUUAGAAGAGAAUGGAGAACAAGUGCCCUGUUACUCUGUCCUGGUGAGUUUACAAGAAGUCGGUGGAGCUGAAACUAAGAACUGGACUGUUCCCAGGAAGCUCAGUGAGUUUCAGAACCUACACCGGAAGCUCAGUGAGUGCUUUCCAUCAUUAAAGAAAGUUCAGUUGCCUUCGCUCAGCAAGCUGCCCUUCAAAUCCAUAGACCAGAAGUUCAUGGAGAAGUCUAAGAACCAGCUUAAUAACUUUCUGCAGAAAUUGCUCUCUGAUGAGAGGCUCUGUCAAAGUGAAGCACUUUAUGCCUUCUUGAGCCCUUCUCCAGAACACCUCAAAGUGAUCGACGUGCAAGGAAAAAAGUCAUCUUUUUCACUCCAAUCAUUUUUAGAGCGACUUCCUUGUGACUGGUUUUCUCAUCAGGAGGAAGAAACUGAAGAGGACAGUGACCUGUCGGACUAUGGGGAAGAGGUGGAUGGAAAAAGGGACUCUAUUGCUGAGCCGUGUUUCAUGCUGAUUGGGGAGAUCUUUGAGCUGCGAGGAAUGUUUAAGUGGGUGAGAAAAACAUUAAUUGCACUAGUACAAGUCACUUUUGGAAGAACCAUCAACAAGCAAAUCCGUGACACUGUACACUGGAUGUUCAGUGAAGCAAUGCUUGUUUACUAUAUUGGUGUGUUUCGAGAUGCUUUUUGGCCAAAUGGAAAGUUAGCACCACCACCGACUGCCAAGAGCGAUGAACAAAGGCAAGAGACCAAACAGCGAGCACAGCAAAAACUACUUGAAAACAUUCCAGAUACUCUGCAGAGCCUCGUUGGACAGCAAAACGCCCGCCACGGUGUAGUGAAAGUGUUCAAUGCACUGCAAGAAAGAAAGGCCAACAAGCAUCUGCUCUAUGUUUUGCUGGAACUGCUGCUAACUGAACUGUGUCCUGAGCUACGAGCUCAUUUAGAGCAGCUUAAUGCCACUUAGGUUUGGAUCUGCACAAGUGGACCACUAGAGAAAUGUCUAUGUCCAGUAAUAGACAUUAAACUUAUUUUCCUCUUUUCCAUAGAGGGCUGAGGACUAUGAUUAUUUUUAGGGUUUUUCUUUUUCCUCUCGAGAUUUUUUUUUUUUGUGAAGUAAACAUACUUGAAAAGAUCUGAUGCUGUAGUAGGGUAGACAAAACAAUGUUGUAUAGUUGCCAAUUUUUAUUUAAAUUGUUCUAUUUGACUACUCUUCUGUUUCAAAUAUAGAUUGAAAAAUAAAUGUUCAUAUAAGCUCAAAGAAACCAGAAACUAUUUUAAACAUUUAUGAAAAGAAGUUUUGCUUAUAGUGGUAAACUAAUGAAUGUUGUACAGUUCUAAUCUCCUCGCUGAGGAUUUGAGCAUUCCUUUUUUCUUGUGCAUUGAAAAAGCCUUGUUGUGCAAUAUUACAUGUAAAGCUAUUGUGAAAAUUUUAUCAAUUUUGUUUUUACCAAAGACUUCCUGUAGUUUGAAGCACUUGUAAGCAAUAAACAACAAAAUUCAAUUUCA